AUGUUCAUUAUGAGUUUGGCAGUGGCAGACCUGACUGUCGGCUUGAUCGUUAUGCCGAUAUCCUCUGCCUAUGCUCUGGCCAACGAGUGGCAAAUGGGGGACUUCAUUUGCUUGUUUUGGCUAUCGGCUGAUUACACCGCAUCAACGGCAUCAAUACUGAACUUGCUCAUCCUCUCAUUGGAUCGGUAUUGGUCGAUCACGUCUCCACUUCGGUACAUGCGAAAACGGACAAAAAAGCGCGCUCUUGUGAUGAUCGCGUUUGUGUGGUUCGUGUCGGCGAUGUGGAUUGCACCUAUAAUAUUUUGGCAGAAGUGGUACCCAGAUGAGUCCGGCACGGACGCUUUUGGCAGUUCAGUACCCACGAACGAGCAUAACUAUUCAAAGAAUUGCGAAACGAAGUUUAGUGAUAAUGUUAUUUUUAAAUUAACGGCUUCCAUGCUCAAUUUUUAUAUUCCGAUGGUGCUCAUGAUUGUGUUGUACUUCAAGAUCUUCAUGGAAGUAAAGAAACGGUCGAAGUUCGCCAUCGGCGAGAAUCAGAUUUGCUAUGGGACGCACACGAUCUGCAGUUCACCGGCGAGGAGUAUUUCCCGAAAGACGCUUGCCAAAGACGUAGACUUUGUCAGUGAUGGGAACGAAUCUCUGUCAAUGCACGAGGAUGGAAAUAAGGUCGGGGGAACGUCGAGCAGCUCGUCCGGUUCACAUCAGGGCCACCAAAGUGGAAUUAAUCACAAGCAUCUAGUUGUUAGCACAACAGCGACGAAGGAAAAGAAACGACGAAGGGGUCGCAAAUCGGAUGAAGCCAUCGCUGGCGAUGGACUAAGCUCUGAAGGCGCCGGUUCUGACUGGGAGCCGGAGCGAGAUAGUGGAAAUAGCGGAGACAGCUAUAAAAGUACCGUGGCCGUACCACUUCCACCCUUGUCAUCUGUACCUAGCCAUAGCCAUGGUACCACCAAUGCUUGUACCCCAUGUCUUAUUCACGUACGAACUGAUGGAGCCAGUGGAGCUACCGUUACUCAUAAUAAGGCUCUAAUUGAGCGCAAAACAAAUAUGCGUACAUCAUCUAAUGGACCAAGUCCAAAUUCAAUUGUGAUUCUUCCAAAUACCAACGGUAAUAACGGUAGUUUUUAUAUGUCUCGAAAAGGGCGGAAAAAUCGAAAAGAUGGCAAUUCGGGUCGGGAAAAUUUUGAACUUAGCGAGAAGGUGGGUCGGGGAGGUGGUGAAUCAAACGUUUCAACAUUUUUAGAGAAUAAUCCCUCCGCAAGUGGUUCGAUGAAACGAUGUCGGGCACCUUUUCGUUUACGAGUGACACGAAAUAACUACGCAGCUAAUCUUGGACAGCAAAAGAAGGCUGCCAGACAAUUAGGCGUUAUCAUCGGCGCCUUCGUAGCGUGCUGGUUACCGUAUAUCGUCGUAUUUAUCACGACUGCCAUUUGUCCAGCAUGUAUUAGUUCUUCGCUCCAUACAACGGUCAUCUGGCUUGGCUACCUGAAUUCUACGAUCAAUCCAUUUCUUUACGCGCUGUGCAACGCUAACUUCAAAAUUGCUUUCAAAAAAAUGUUUUGCCACCAUAAUCCUCACGCGUUUAUGCUAAGCCAUCGGUCUGUCGAUAACAAAGCUGACAAUAACCAUAUGUUUGCCUGAUGCUUCGCUCAGAAGCUGCUUCGCUGUUGGAUUCGUCGUUUCCGUUUAUUCCCGGGAAUAGCGCCUGCGCGAGCAGCAUCCGAUCAAUAUUGUCUUCAUAAACUGACUAAAUAUUGAUAAACAGUAGACGCACAGUAGAGCGACGAAACACAAACGCGUGUGAAGUGUAUCAUUAUAGCCCAAGCUUCUUAAAAACUGAAAAGCUUUUUCAAGCAACAGACAUACUGGAAUAGGUGAUGGAGCGUAGCACGGUCGAAAAGUCACGUACAUGGCGAUGUACAUCCAGGCACUACAGGCAAACGGCACGACAAAACCAAGCGGAUAUAUCAACGAAUUCAAUAUGUUCUUGUUGUAGAUAACAAAAAGAAACACUAUUCGAACUGUCGGCGCUUGUUAUCAUGAUCAGACGCCGCACGAAUUUUGAGUGACAUGGGCGGAGUAGUCAAAAUUUCGUAGGCUGCCAAGCGAUCACUCAGCCUUGAUCUCUGUUAAGCAAUGAUUAUCAACGAUUUAUUGUCGUGCACAACUGAGCACACAAUCAAUCUGCGCACAAAUAGUCAGUCCUCAGUUCUACUAAGGAUUUACAAAAAAAAAAGAUACCUUAACGGAGAGUCAGCUGGUGUCUAUGGAACGAACAGGAGUUCCACAUUGUGAUAACGUCCUCUUCCUCCUCCUCCUCGUCCUCGUCCUCGUCCUCCUCCUGGAUGCAGCUAGAAUACGUAUUCAUCUAUUGUACUGUGUAUAGGGAAUACAUAAUAACAUAGGCUAACGUAGGCUAUAUCAAUAAAAAGAAAACGAAAAA